UUAAGCGUUAGUUUAUUUUUCUUUCAGUCUACAAAUUAAGUACUCUCAGACAGCCUCAGUCGGAUUGGAUGGGCUUGUUUCUGAGUUGACAUAAAUAACGUCGCCACCUCAGACCAAUAUCACUUCUCCAUUUGCACCAUCAUGAGUUAGAACAGUCAGCGAGUCCCAUGCAAAAUGCAAAAGCGGAUGCAGUUUCUGAAAUAUGAAAUGAUAUCAUCAAAGUGUAACUCUGUGACCACAUGUGCUCUGAUGCUGCUGUCCAUAUUUUCUGUAAUAGGUGGACAUUCAGAAUUCAAUGGCAUCUCAGUUCAGACUGUUCAUCGAGGAAAGUCAGUCAAUAUCAGUUGUAAAUACAAACCAUCAAGUGACACUAAAUGUUUCACAGUGGAACUGAAAACUAAUAAUAAACUGUGUUCAUUAAUGAAGAGUAACAAUUCAUUGAUACAUCACUCAUGUAAAGAACACAUUAGAUUUAUUCCAAAGACUGAGGAAAUGUCAUUUGAGGUAUCAAAUCUGCAGAUAAAUGAUACUGGCACUUACAUAUGUGUUGUGACAAGAACCAUACCACCUCCUUCUGAGCUUUUGGGUGAAGAAAGAACAUUUGUUCAAGUGAUUGCACACCCCAAUGUGUCUGUGUCACAUGUAAGAACCUCGGAUGGAUGUCACACGAUUCUUUGCCUCUCUGAGGGGUUUUACCCUUCUGCUGUAGAGCAGGUGUGGAUGAGAAAUGGAGGAUUUCAGAACGUCUCUCUCACAUACAACAUUAACAAAACCAACCCAGAUGAAUCAUUCACCCUCCAUUCAUAUUUGAAUGUAUCUGACUGUACAAACUACUCGUGUUGGGUAAAUCACUCAUCCCUGAGCCAACCAAUGAUUCUCCACCUGCCUCCUCCUGACUGUUAUGAGAACACAGGAAUAAAAAUGUGGAUGACUCUGGUGACUUGUGUGCUGCUGAUUCUUGCCAUACUGAUUAUCACAGUCGUGUGUGAGCGUUUAAGAAGAGCACGUUCGCAGUCUGUGCCACCUGUAGGAAUGAGUGUCACACCUACGCCUGUCCUCUACACUCACCUGCAUUCUGAGACAUUGUAUUCAACACUGGGGGACCAUCAUCCAGUUCCAUGCAGCCCUGUCGGGAGUCCGCUCAUCUCCACAAUAAACACUGAAUGAAGACAUUUUACAAUGAUUGAUAGCCUGAUCCAUGUCUAUAUCAUUCACUGACCAGACACCAACUUGUGCAUGUGAUUUAUAUUUCUAUGAUUUUUUACUUUGCUUAACAUUUUGACUGUAAACACCCCAUUUUGACCUUGAGGCCAUGAGGUUAUUUGCAGCUUCAGCACUUUAAGAACCCAAUGAAAUGGUUUGCUGA